AAACGCUUAGUAUGCUAUUUACAGAGAUAGCACUGGCGAUCCAGUGAUGGAUCUCCUCCCGAGUCCAUGACAAGCAGAUAGACACUAUUAUUUCGACUGUGCGUGCAGUAACAAGUGAGAGACGGGCAGAGCUCGUCCACCGCUAAUUAGCUUAGCUCAUAUGUCGGGAGUCAAUGGGAAGCAUUAGCCUGCCUCUGCCUACAGUCAUCAGAUAAACUCUUCAACAACUCUAAACGGUCCUGUGUGCUUGUUGUGACUCGUUUUUACCGCGUUAUGUUACGUUAUCUAUUUUUAGACUAAGAUUAGCACUUUAUUUAAUUUUCGAAAGAAAUACAUACGAAACUCAACCUCAGGGGGCGCAUGCGCGCCAGUAAAUAGCUGAGGAAGAAUGAAGAAGAAGAAGAGCUCAUGCAGUAGAUCGGUGAAGGAGUUUGUAGGACACUGACACUUUUUUGGAAAGAGAUAUUUAUAAAUCAGAAUUUUACAAAGAUGCCUCGUACGUGUGCUGUACGGGGUUGCUACAACAAGCACAAGACAUGGUCAAAUCUUAUUUUUCACGCAAUUCCAACUAGAAACCCGGAGCGGAUGAAACAAUGGCUAGGUGCUCUGAACAUGGAUCCCAACACACCACAAGAAGCAGUCAAGAAGAUGCUAGUUUGCUCAGAGCAUUUUUCACGGGACUACUACUACGAAAAACUGGAAUUCAGAACCCAAACAAUGAGACUUUUCUUGAAGGACACGGCCAUCCCAUCACUCAGUGUCACACAGACAGUAAACGAGCGGUCAACUGCUGCAUCCAGGACGUGCUCUGUGGUCAGAUGUGAUUCAUGGCGUCGCAGUGCACUACUGUUUAAGUUACCGGAAGAUCCAGAGAGGAGGCUGGAGUGGGUUCAGUUGAUUUUGGAAGUCAACGGGCAGCAACUGAAAGAGUCAUCCUGGACUGAUAUCACCAUUUGUAAUGAACACUUUACCGGUGACUCUUUUGAAGACACGGGCCAGCUAAAGCUCAGUGCUGUCCCAACACUGUGUGUCAAGUCAGAGCCCGAUGAAUCCCCGGUGAGCCCACAGAAUGAGUGGCAGAAAUGGGCUUCCAUACCCAUCCGUCGGCAGACAGAGAGGACAAAGGGGAACACCUGAGGCUGUGCAUCCAACACCUGGAAUUCCUCAUCUGUACACUCCGGCUCAAACAGGUAUGGCUCUGGA